CUACAGUGACCACUGCGAUGACUACGGCAGCUUGUGAUGGCUGGUGGCACUGCGACAAUGCCGUCGAGGACGGCGACAACGGUGACGAAAACCUGUCGUGCACAUGGAGUCUACACUCGGCGAUCGAUCAUCACGCUUGCUGAUUCCCGCUGCAUCGUCUCUGCAUGGUCCCGGAGCCUUCACACGUGCUCGAAGAGGCCUACAAACCUCAGCAUCUAAGCCGUCCGUUGUGCUCGCUGAGCCAAACAAGAGCUGUGUAGAGCCGCGGUUGCUGCUGGAGUCUGCUCGACACAAUACCUUGAAGCAAUCCACCACGUUGCCGACCUGUGAUAUGGUAUUAAGAAGACCGUCGUGGACUCUGUCAUCUGGCGCAUGGCGUGUGCCUUGUAUCCGUCCUACGCACAUUAGUCUUUCUGCAGUGUUUUUUUCCAUUUCACAGUCGCCAGUCGUACUUCCAGCUACAGUAACAUUUCAGCUCUGGAUUCAUCUUCAUUGUCACCCCCGUUCGCAUCAGCUUCUUUCACGACGCCAAGCCGUCUCACACGGCAUGAAUGCCAUGAGUCAAUUGGUCCUAGCAUGUCAGAAGCAUUUCUUGGCUUCAUAGACGAGCGCGGCGUGUGAUGUUAGCCAAGACGCUGCCCCUCUACGCUUGCGCAGAUAGCAUGACCUACGUGUAAGCUACAAUACUCAACAAACUCCUAGCUGGCACAGUGACAAAAAAGGAUCAAAAAUUUUUUUCCAGACACUCCAGUCUCUCUUUUCGAUCUUCAGAGCUUCCCUCUUGCAGCAUGGCGAUGUUCAGAGCUUCAGACGGUACCACCUUUCUGCUGUGUCUGGUGCUACUAGUGCUAUGGGCUCGUCCUGCCCACGCCUUCGGUGCAGGCAACAUCGCUUCGAUUUCACGUAUUGAAGGCGAGAAUUGGCGUCACGGCGACAUCGAAGACACUUUGCUUGCGCUGCUCAUGAGCCGUGCUACCAACAAGAAGUUCUCCAAGCUUGACGUGAAACGUGUGUACUUUGGUAAUUGGUUACGCGACUACAGUCAGGCUGUCGACGUAGGCACUCUGAAGAUGGUCAGUGCCGAAGCAAUUCGCUUGCUGCUGUGGAUCUUAGGCUUCAUGAGCUUCGGCUAUGGCACGCGUGAAUUUGAAGUUACAACCGAGCGUCUCGGCUGCUAUCGCCCUGAGGAGCAUAUCGACAACCCGAAGGACUACGCUGACAAUGAAGAUGCCCGUCGUUACGACCGUCGACUUCGAGGGCCGGUCGACGAACGCCGCGAGCUGUCUAUCGACGAGCGCACUGGUCUUAAAAAGUACAUUGCAUCUGAAGAUGCCGGUAUCACCACCUCUGCUGGACUCGUUAGGGAUCUGUACAGACGCUGUAUUGAGCUUGGCCGCAGAGCCAGACGCAAUGGCAAUGACGACGAUCUCUACGAGGCCUUCCGAUUGCUGGGCACUGCAAACCACUGCUUAGAAGACUUCUCUGCCCAUUCCAACUACGUCGAACUCUGUUUGAUCGAGAUGGGUGAGCGUGACGUCUUCCCUCACGUUGGACGCCGUACUCAGAUGCAAGUUCGCGGAGCUCGUGAGCCUAUCUGGCCGCUCAUUACCGGCACAUUUGGAGGCGUCGACUUCCUUCAUUCUGUCAUGGGCGAGCUUUCUGACAAGGCUACGCAGUCUGAGAUCGACGAGCUUGAGGGGACCAUUUCCAACGCAGAGCGCAACCGUCAGAGCGCCAGCGUGAUCCAAGGCAUACUUGACAAACUCCCUGCGGGGAUCAUCGGCGGAGGUGAAUCUAGCAAGGUCGAUGAGCUGCAACAGAACGCCACGAACGCCCAGAUGCAGCAAAUGUCUAUAUCACCUAAGGAACCAGAGGAAUUUGCACGCCAAGCCGAGGCACUACGACAGCAGAUUUACCCUGUUCUAGAGUUUCACGACAACCUCAUGCGCAGAAUUACCGAAACCAUCGACAAGAUCCCCAUCCUGCCGGACUUGCUCGAACAAUUGCAGGAACAACUCAACAUCUUCGUCUUCAGCCUCAUCGCACCGUUCGUACUGCCCAUCAUUAAACAAGUCAAGGCGGAGCUCAGCACCGGCUCGUCCGAGAUCAUCCAGUCUAGUCGCGAGAAGCAGCUGAUUGUCUUCCAUGACGACUACUCGACGGAUCCGACACACUCCAUGAUUUCCAAGGACCACUUCAGCAACGUUCUAAACGAACCCGCAGGCAAGGUGGCAAGUCAAGUACUCAAGUGGGUCGUGCCUCAGAUCGUCGAGUGCUGGGACGAUGAGCGCGCCGAUGUCGACCGUACCAUCAAUCGCAUUAUAAACGGCGUUUUUCAUCACCCAGCUCUCCGUGAGUACGGUGAUGAUGGCGCACGAGACUGUCGGUCUCAGAUGUUCCGCGUUGUUGAGCAAUGGUGGCAAGGGCAAAGCGAUCGUGGUCGUGACGAGCUCCGCGAUAAGCUGAGCCGCAACGGUGUCGAGGAAGGCCGCAACCACAAGGAAGGCGUCGAGGACAAGGGCCACGGCUGUGGCAAGCCCCUUGGUAUGCCAAACAUCGGCACCUCAAGCUCAAGCGGUGCUGUUGGAGGCGUGGUUGGCGCUGGCUUGUUGGGUGGCAUUAGCCAGGCUAUAGGCGGUGACAAACCUUCUGGUGGGUAUGGAGAUAGUAGCGGACUGCCACACGAUCAAAUCAGCCAGGGGGUUGGCAACGCUGUGGGCGAAGCCGUUGGCGGCGGCCUGCUUGGCAACAUUGUUGGAGGUGUGGUGGGAGGCGUUGGUGGCUCGCUCUUGAGCGGAGCCUUUGGCGGCGAAGAGAAGAGCAGCUACCAGCAGGUGGGCUAUCAGCAUGACGGUGGCUACAACCAGUCGUAUUCGGAGCUGGGCCACCACCCGUCCUCGGGCCGUGGCGACAACGAGCGUUACGGCCAGGCGCAGUUUAGUCAAACCGAUUACCCCGGUGGUGCCCGCCGCCAGGAGUUCUACAGUUUCGAAUCAAGCGAGAGGCCAUCACAUGGCCACAGUGGUGGAGACUAUGAACGCACUGAAGAGCGCAGAUUUGAAUCUAGCAGCUCGUACCGACAGGAGACUCGCACCAACACUUAUGAACGAUCUGGCGAGUACGGUUCCGAAUCCAGACGUCACGGCAAGAAGAAAGAUUCGGAUUCGGACGAGGAGGAGGACAAGUAUGCCAAGAAGGAACGCAAGGCUCGCGAGAAGGAAGAGAAGCAUCGCCGGAAGCAGCAGAAAGGGCGAUCCGAUGAUUACAGUGACGAUGACAGUGACGAUGAUGAGAAGAAGAAGAAGAAGAAGAAGUACCAGAGACGUUCUAACGAGUACAGAGGCGAAUACAGACGCGACUAUGGUGAGAACGAAGAGAGUCGUCCGAAGCACCACGGCCGCCGGGGUAGUCGCGAAGAAGGUCGCGAGGAAUCGUAUGGCGGUGGCUAUGGCUCUGAACGAACAGAGUACGGACGUCGAGAUGAGUAUGGUGGUGAACGAUCCGAGUACGGACGACAAGAGUACAGUCGUCCGGAUGCGUACGAGAGUGGACGACGGGAGUACGGUCGCCAGGACGAAUACGGAGGCAGUCAGGAGGGUUACGGACGUCGGGAAGAUUAUGGAGGGCGUCAGGAAUACAGCGGUGGCUACGGAGGCCAGGAACGGUACAGUGAAGGAGGCUACGAGGGAAGAGAUGAUGACGAGGGAGGCAGCAGGUACGGGGCCGGCCGUCGCGACGACUACGACGGCGAUAACGAGUACGGCGGCAGACGACGUGACUACGAGAACUACGGCGAUGGCUAUGGAGAGCGGUAUUAGGAUGCUACAGUACAGAAGUGAGAAGCGCAAUGCGGCGAGCGUUCCACAUGCAAACAAGCAAACACGCACGCGGUAGGAGUCAAGAUGGAACGAAUGUAGAAGCUAACUUCUUCGAAUGAAUUGAUGUUGGCUCAUACCAGGAAAUGACUUCACACCUCCCCCUUGCACCCCGCGUUCUAGGGGGCUCAAGAGAAAACACCUAUGAUUUGGGCUGCUCGAUGCUUAUUCGUGGGAUAUGAAGUAGGCUAGGCCUUUUUAUUUAUUUUUAUUUUUA